AUGGAUGAUACUAUCUUUAUUUCUCAAAGCAAGUAUGCUAAGAAUAUAGUGACGAAGUUUGGGAUAGAAAAUGCUAGUCACAAAAGAACACCUGUAACAACAUACUUGAAAUCAACUAAAGAUGAAAAAGGUGUUGAUAUGGAUCAAAGAGUACGUGCUAGAUAUAAGGUUGAGCCUAAAAUUAGUCACAUUACUCAAGUAAAUAGGAUCUUGAAAUACAUCAAUGGUACUAGUGAGCAUGGCAUGUUGUAUUCUCAUAGAACUAAUUCCAUGCUUGUAGGGUAUUGUGAUGCAAGUUGGGAAGGUAGUGCUGAUGAUAGAAAAAUAACUUCUGGAGAUGUUUCUUCUUAG